ACAGUACUGUGCAACAGGCCCCUGGUACUUACAAAAUGUGUACCCGCAACUUGCGGUGCCGGGCGAGAUGAAGAAAGCAAACAACUUGGAGAAAGCAGUUUAUCAACCAUGGCAUUCGAGGAAACGUAAUUAUACCGAUAAUUACAUGAUCCGCCUGACGAAUAGUAGCCUUUGCUUAUCGGCUAGUGGUGAGAAAGACAAUGGUUUUUGGAAACGUAACACAAACAUCAUAAUUUCACCGUGCUUACGAGUUAAAAGUCAAGUUUGGUAUGAAACCGAUAAGCAUGCGUUGGUGUUAGGACAAAUUCUCUGUUUGGAAGCAUCGAGUGCGUCAAGCUCUUCACCGCCAGUCAUCAACAAAUGCCAUGAAAUGGGAGGCGACCAAGAAUGGAAACAUCGUAAUACGAAGCAAACACCAAUUUACAAUUUGACAGCCGGGACGUGUUUGUUUGUCGAACAACCGAAAGUUGGUGCUAUAGUUCAAUUAGGUUUAUGUUCGAAUGAUGCAAACAGCAGCUGGGAUCUGGUUAAGAAAAUAUUGUGAUUGUAAUAAUUGGGCUGAGAUAAUGCAUAUGCCCACAAACAGCUAUUAGAACUAAGAUUGAAUAUUCGAUUCUCAUGAGCUAGCACAAAGAUUUGCAAUCUGAAUGCAAUUCAAAGUAUUAAGUCAAUGUAAUUGUACUAUAUUUUAACCCUUUCAAUUGAUAUUGAAACUAAAUUUCCAAAAAAAAAAUCCUGUCCAGAAUGUGUGUGGUUGGCCAUUCCAAAAAUAUCUAUCCGAAAAAUAUGUGAAACCUACUCUAUCUCCUUUAUUGGACAAUAUUCCAUUCUCUUUUUUUAAGAAGAAAUAUUUUUCAACGCCAAUCAAAUCAAAUCCACUAUUUUAGAUGAGUUUUUGUAAAAUUUCUUUAUGAAAUAAAAUCCAUCAAACAUUUCAA